GGAAGCCCCGCCCCCGGCGGCGGGAGCGGCCGCUCCGGUUGGCCGGCCGGGCUGCCGCUCAGAACGGGGUCGGGGGUCAGAGUGCGCGGAGUUUCAGAUGCCUCUGGAUGCUCCAUGGUAGCACUCUUCCAUAUUGGAGCAGCAAAGAUUCCUCCAAGCGUACUUCCAAGGGUGAGACAAGCUCUGUGCUUCUACCGCCUACGUUGCUUUCUCCAGGGGUGCGGCUCCACCGUAAACAGGAAACUGGCGUCCCACGGCUUUGGCGCGUCCAUGGCAGCCAUGUCAUCCUUCCCUCCACAGAGAUAUCACUACUUUUUAGUGUUGGAUUUUGAGGCCACUUGUGACAAACCACAGAUUCAUCCUCAGGAAAUCAUUGAGUUCCCCAUUCUGAAGCUAAAUGGCAGGACGAUGGAGAUUGAAUCCACCUUUCACAUGUAUGUGCAGCCGGUGGUGCACCCUCAGCUUACUCCCUUCUGUACAGAGCUGACUGGAAUUAUUCAAGGCAUGGUGGAUGGGCAGCCAAGUCUCCAGCAAGUGCUUGAGAGGGUCGAUGAGUGGAUGGCGAAGGAAGGCCUCUUAGAUCCUAGCGUCAAGUCGAUUUUUGUAACCUGCGGAGAUUGGGAUUUGAAAGUAAUGUUACCAGGACAAUGCCAAUACUUAGGGCUGCCGGUUGCUGAUUACUUCAAACAGUGGAUUAAUCUGAAAAAGGCAUACAGCUUCGCCAUGGGGAGCUGGCCGAAGAACGGGCUCUUAGACAUGAACAAAGGACUCAACCUGCAGCACAUAGGGAGGCCUCACAGCGGGAUAGACGACUGUAAGAACAUCGCUAACAUCAUGAAGACGCUGGCCCAUAGAGGCUUCAUCUUCAAGCAGACCUCCAAACCCUUUUGAUCGGCGGGGCGGGCCGGACAGGGCUGCAUGCGGCCGGCUCCUCCGCUGCGGGAGGACGGGCGAGAGCAUUCGAACGGCAACCGAGGACAGAGGCGACGCCACAGCCAGCUCCGCUGCUCCGCCGGUAGAGAUUGUACAUACGGAAAGGAAAAUCUCUGUGUAGACCCGACGUGGACCCCCUGUCUGGGCUGCUCCGGCCAUCGCCCGCCAUGCCCCCGGAGCCGCCCACGGCGCUUGCACCACCUGGUUAGAGCUGUAGUUCCUUCUUCUUUCUGUGCCCCUGGUUUCCGUUGCCCCCUCGUGCCCCGCGGCCGUGGGUCGCCCUCUUUCUUUUCUGUGUUUGUUUCCCUGUCGCCAGGCCCUGCCGGGCGCUGCCGGGCGACCCGCCGGCGCUGCGUGGCAGCUCCAGCCUGACAUGGCCACAGGAGCCGCGCCCCCCGCCCCGCCCUGCCCCUCCCAGCCCGCUCCUCGCCCCUUUGCAGUGAACACUAACCCCGAUCCCGCUGUGUGUCCCCGCAACCCGGCUUUCUGCUCCAGCUCAAGUGCCUGUAUUCUCUGCCCGCCGGCUCGCCAGCCAGGGCUCCGGGCAGGGGGCGGGCGGCGGCAGGCAGCCUGGCCCUUCCGCUCGUGUCUCUCCCAGGGGGCAGGAGGGGGGCUCCUGCCCGCCCCCCUCCCCCCCGGCCAAAGCGGUUCCAGCUCCUGGGGGCACCAGGUCCAUUGCUGGCAGUGGACGCACCAGCGAGUGCUGGCACAGAACGACGGUCAUUCCUCUGCCCCCCCCCGUCCCACCGCUCCAGGCAUGGGGUCCGUCCGCUGAGUGAGGGCCCCCUCCCCUGCCCAGCCCGCUGAGCUGCAGCUCUGCCCUCGCCUGCCCCAUUCCCCGCGGGCCGGGCUCUGCCCCUCGCAGGCUCCCUGCCAGGCUCAGCAGCAGCUGGCUUGUUGCCUCUUCCCCUCCGACCGGGGGGACUUGGGCCCGUCCAUCCAGGUGGGUUUUGGGGCAGGCCGAGAGGCCGUCCCCCUCGGCCCCCAGGCUCCGUGACAGCAGGGCCAUGGAGGUCCUGUGGCUCAGCCAUGACGCCAGAUCCCUGCUGAGCCGAGGCCUCGCCUGGCGCUGGCCCGUGGUGAUGCUCCGGUGCCCGCGCUCACGUGGCCCCGUGACCCGCCAGCGCCCGGGCUCCCUCCCGCCCCCCAGCCAGGGCUGAGCCGGCUCGGUCACCAGAAAGAAAAUACAGGCACUGAACGUAGCGGUAAACGACUGCAUGGUGUGUGGUGUCCAGCUCAACCAGCCGAUAACGCAAACCCACCAUCCCCAUCGUCUAGUUAUCCCGAUCCUUGCUGUAAAUGUGCCACAUGAAUAAAGUUUGGGGAAAAAGGUG